UCAAAUUAAAAUAAUUACCGCUCAUAUCAGCGCAUCAAUGAGAUAGCCUUCUGUAAAUACUAAUAAUGACCAACAAUGCUACAAUUAUUUACUUGACGCGUGACGAUUUCAAAAUAUCACGGUCAAAAGUCCCUGACAAAAAUUCAUGUUUGAAUGAAAUAAUCGACCAUGGAUCUACCCAAGAGCGUAAUAAACUUAACCCAUCUAAUAUCAUUCUUGGAUUUGUUUGCUGUGGGCUUGACAUUUCCAGUUUUGGCCCCACACAUCAGAUCGCUCGGAGUGUCACAUCUGACUGUGGGAAUCCUGAGUUCCUCUUACUCCAUUCUACAAGUGCUUUCUGGACCAAUCAUAGGCAGCUGGAGUGACGUUCGAGGCAGGAAACAAGUGUUUAUGAUCACAUUAUUCCUGAGCUCCAUAUUCUACUUUCUGCUGGGUCUCAGCACUUCAAUAUAUUCCAUUUUUAUUGUACGGCUGUUGCUUGGCAUUUUUAAACAUACACAGACUUUGAUCAAAGCUGUUAUUGCCGAUUUCGUUAAAGCUGAAGAUAAUUCCAAAGUUUUGGGACAUAGCACAGCUUUCAGUUCUUUGGGUUUUGUAAUUGGACCGAUCAUUGGUGGUCAUUUGUCUGAGCUUAGAUCUGGAUUUAUGUAUAUCUGUUUCUUGACUGGAUUAAUUUUUAUAAUUAAUAUUGGAUUUGUCUAUAUGCUGCCAGAGAGAAAAUCAAAGAAAAAGAGUAUUAAUGUUGGAGAAGAGCUGUUCAAAUCUGUGCAGGAUUUAAAAAAGAUCAAUUGGAAACGACAUUGGGUCUCGUUUCUACUGAAAUUCCUUUUUGUUCUCUCCACAACAAUUUUCUUCGUGAAUCAAUCGCUGUAUUUAAAGGAGAGAUACAAUUUGAGCCAGAAGCAUGUGGGAUAUGGAAUAUCUCUUGUCAGCGUUAUUGGCGUUGCGGCCGCUUUCAUGUCCGGCUACAUAACGAAGACUUUCUACAAGAACAGGAGCUGCAACGAACGCGCUUAUCAUUCCUUCUUGAUGCUUUCCAGCUGCUUCAUUGGAUUCUACAUAUCUCCCAACUACUACUAUGUCAUAGCUCUGCUGAUUCCAUUUGGCAUCUGCAAUUCGUUAUUGAGGAUUGUCACCAUGGAAAUCUUAUUCGAAAAGUGUGGCCCAGAUGAGAGGGGCUCCCUGAAUGGGGCCUCGGACAGUGUUAUGAGCCUUGCAAGGUCUAUAGCACCAAUAGCUGGAGGAGUGAUUGGUGAUGCCUUCAACGAGAAUGCUGUGAUGUUAUUAGCAGUAGUACCUGGAGCUAUUGGCACCCUAAUUUGUUAUAGAUUGAAAGAAGUAAAGGAGAAAAUAAAAUGAUACGUGAA